UCGGAGAGGACGCGCUGGUGGGUGAGCACGGAGCCCCGCGUCACGCUCGACCCGCCCACCACCGACUACACGCCCUCGCCGCCCCGCCCCGCCCACACCGACGCGUUCUCCGGGGCGCUCGCGAAGCCCCCCUUUGGCCACAAGGACAGGGACCCAUUCAAGCUGGGCCCCGCGCCGCCCAAGAAGGUGCCCUCGCGAUUCCGACCCAGGAAGCCCAGCGCCGCGCCCGCCACCGCCCCGACGCCCACCUACUGGUCCCCGCGGCCCCAGCCCACGCCCACCCCGCAGCCCACCUACUGGUCUCCGCGGCCCCAGCCCACGCCCACCCCGCCGCCCACCUACUGGUCCCCGCACCCACCGCCCACCACCCUCUACGAAGAGCCCGCCGUCCUCCCGCCGCCCCAGGACCUCCUGCCGUACGUUCCACCUCGACGGCCAAGGUGGUUCUCUCUCGACGAGCUCUUCCGCAUGUUGACUGAGGGCGGGGGCGGCCAGUGCGUGGGCGGCGAGGGGCGUGUGGGCGUCUGCAUGUUGCGGAGGAACUGUCAUCGCCUCGGAGGCACGCCCACCACUACCUGUGCUUUUGGGUACGGGAACUGCUGUAUAGCAGCCAUGAGGAACGACUGCGGGUGGGAGGCGACCAGGAACCGCACCUACUGGUCAUCUCCCGGUCCUGGUAGCGAGGUUGUGACGACCGGUGCCUCCUGUGUCCUUAAUGUGCGGAAACUGUCCAACAACAUCUGCUCUAUAAGGCUGAAUUUUUCUAGGUUUUCGCUCACACCACCUAAUGAAGGGAACUGCUUGAGGGACCACCUAGCUGUGUCUGGACAAAACAUAAACAACUUUAUCCCCAAACUCUGUGGAGAGAAUUCGGGACAACAUAUGUACAUUGAUGUAGACACCGUCCCAGGACCCGUGGAACUGAGAAUAAACACCGUAGGAAGUGGAUUCGAUCGAGAAUGGGAGAUAGAGGUGACCCAGAUCGAGUGCAGCAGCCCUUACAGACCACCUAGUAACUGCCUUCAAUACUUCACAGGAAGCCAAGGGACCUUCUCCUCUUUCAAUUAUGUUCCAAAUUUACCUUCGCAAUACUUGACACUACCAAUGGGCCCUUCAUCGUCCAGUUCCGAAGCAACGGGCAAAAUGCAGGACAGGGUAUACAGUAUACGUAGAGAUAUAACCUCUACAUUCAGGAUUCAAACUCACUUGAAAACCCACUUUGUCCCCAGCUGCACAGGCACCUACUACCACUGCCAAUCCUUUGACUACAUCAAAUGUAUAGAAUGGGUUUUCAAUAAACUUCACAAUUACAAAACUAUAUCCUACAGAACAAACCUAGGAUUCUUACAAACAUCGUUGAAAGACAUUACUCCAAGGCUGCCAAUUCAGACUAAGAAGCCAGCGAAAUCAUAUUCUAAGUAG